AUGGGGUUUUCUCGCUCAUUUUCUUGUAGUGUUAUGGGAGCCCUAAUAUUGGGUUGCCUUCUCCUUCAAGCAUCAACUUCUAAUGCUCAGCUGAGGCCUGACUUCUAUUUCAGAACAUGCCCGGGUGUUUUCCUUAUCGUUGGGAAAGUCAUCGUCGAAGAAUUGGGAAGUGAUCCUCGUAUUGCUGCUAGCCUCCUUCGCCUCCAUUUCCAUGACUGUUUUGUUAACGGCUGUGAUGCAUCGCUCCUACUCGACAAUUCCACGACAUUCAGGACCGAGAAAGAUGCUCUUCCGAACGCAAACUCGGUAAGAGGGUUUGAUGUGGUAGAUAGAAUGAAAUCUGAGAUUGAGGAAGCUUGUCCAGAGACAGUGUCUUGUGCAGAUAUUCUCGCCAUCGCUGCUCAAAUAUCAGUGCUUUUGUCGGGUGGUCCAUGGUGGCCGGUUUCAUUGGGGAGGAGAGAUGGUUUCGAGGCUUUCUUUGAUCUGUCUAAUACAGCUCUUCCUUCUCCAUUUGCCACUCUUGCUGAACUUAAAACAGUUUUUAGUGACGCUGGUCUUAACCGCACCUCAGAUCUAGUUGCUCUUUCUGGUGCUCACACAUUUGGAAGAGCACAAUGUAUAGUUAUCACACCUCGUCUCUACAACUUCAACGGUACCAAUAAACCAGACCCGAGUAUAAACCCAACUUACCUCACCCAACUCCGUAAACUGUGCCCUGAAAACGGGAACCCAACCGUUCUGGCCAACUUUGACCUAGCGUCUCCAAAUAGAUUCGAUAGUCAAUACUACACCAAUCUUCGUCAAGGGAAAGGUGUAAUUCAGAGCGAUCAAGAACUGUUCUCAACUCCAGGAGCCGACACGAUUCCACUAGUGGAACUAUACAGCAGAAACACGUUCGAGUUCUUUAGGGCAUUCGCUAAAUCAAUGGUUCGAAUGGGAAGACUUAAACCUUUGACUGGAACUCAAGGCGAGGUAAGACUUAAUUGUAGGGUUGUGAACUCGAGAACUAGCGGUGUGGAGACUGAGGAGGGUGGAGUUGUGAGCUCGAUUUGAUUAUGUCAAGGAUAUGGAUUUGUAAGGAAGUAUACAAUGUGUGG